AUGCCUGGACUCGUCAACACUAAAUGGUCACCAUGGCCACAGCUUACACUCGCUACAGCGAAGGGAGUGCAGCCAGGCACUGAAGCAUACACCAAAGCGAUCCUUAACACCUACGGUGCUGAAGGCUUGAAAAGAAGUUGGGUCCAAGUCUGCCAGAGAUUGCAGUCUGUCACAGAUAGAAUAGCCUUGCAGGGCAAUACAGUUAUACCGCAGCUUGGGUUGAAAGACUUCCUCACUGCUGACACAAGUACCAAAAACAUACUCNNCAAGGACACCGGAUGCUUUGUUGUGGGACAGGUUGUUUCGGAACAACAGGCAACUGAUUGGUAUAACGAACUCAAAGAAUACGUCGAGGACAACAAGAGCCAGAUUACAGGCAUGCCAGCUGAGAAGCCAUUCAUGUUCAACAUCUACCACUCACCUGUCCAGCAAGCUGCUCGCUCUCAUCCAAACAGUCUUGCUGUUCAGCGUGCGGUCAACAGCCUAUGGCAAGAUAGAGACGACCGACAAAAUACCUGCCACGAACCCCUGUCUUACGCUGAUGGCUUUCGCAUCAGACCCGAGAAUACUGUCUUUAAUGCACUACCUCCACAUAUUGAUCCUACUUACCGUAAAGUCUACGAGCAAAUAUGGACAGGCAAUCCAUCUUCCUACGACCCCUAUGACCUGUCUACUCGCAAAGACGCAAAACCACGUCUCUUUCCUGGCACCGCUUCGCAAGUGCUUCGUGCCUUCCAAGGCUGGACUGCACUGACCUCUGCCGGAGCCGACGAAGGCUCUCUNUUACUAUACCCAGAUGUCAAGACUGCAAUGGCAUAUGUGAUGCUUCGACCUCUNUUUGAUGCUCCUGAAAAUGAGGCAGAUACUAUGGAUGCAGAGAAAUGGACGCUCAAUGCUGACAGAGGCUGGUUUCCUGGUACUUGGAGACAGCUGCCGCAGAUCGCGAUACCGUCUGGUGGCAUGCAGAUAGAGCUGACAAACGGCGGAUACAGNAUGAUACAUGGUGUGGAUGUUAAUCACACCGGUACCCAUGAUUCAGCUGUCUUGUAUAUUGCGGCUGUACCUUCGACGCCAGCUAAUAUGCAAUAUAUGCGUCAGCAAGUCGAGGACUUCAAGCUUGGUGUGCCACCUGAGGACUUCAAGGACAACGGUACCGACGAGACAAAGUUUGUGGGUUACAAAGGGAAAGAAGGCGUAUUGAACGGAGAAGCUGGCAGAAAAGCUGCUGGGUUUGAUCUGUAG